AACUACCUCGCCUGGUAUACAGGAGAUCGUGGGUUCGAUCCCGACCCUGACGAUGCCUGCUGUAUGUUUGAAUUUUGCGUGUAUCUGUACCCGUGGUUGUGUGCAUUUUUCUCCGGUUUUUCCCUCCGCAUUGAGAAACGUGCAUUUAGACUCUUCGGCUGCUAUACAUUUCGACAUGAUAAGCCACUUAAUUGGGCUAUCAUGUGUAGCCAGGUUGCUUAGGAAAAAAAGAGCUACAUAUAGCUCAGUGGGCCAUGGUAUAAUAAAAAAAAUAGUUUUUCAUUCAUAUUCUCUUCUCCAGCGCAUUGUCAACUUAACGAUGUUCUUGUUGGAUCAAGCAACACUUUGCAUUUCCCGAGCAAUGCUUUGCAAAAGCGACGAGCAACGCAUCUGGCGAAACAGGACAUGCAGAUCGAGGAGCAGUUUGCAGGAUGAACGUUGAGAUUUAUAAGGCGACGGGGUGACCAAUAACAUCUGAAUUGGUCUGUAAUAAGGUCCAAGCUUCGUGACAAUGGCCAUUGUGGAGCGUCUCAACGCGACCCUGAGGCCGGGUGGCGGCAGCGGUGGUGGCGGCGACCUCUGGUCUAACAAGGGGCGACGGGCGAGCACCGGCACGGACAGUGGCAGUGCCAAUGAAAGUGCCGAACCGGACCUGGACCGGCUGCUGGCCGCCUCGGCCUCCCAGGUUCUCCGCUCGCGGUUGGAGUUCGUUCCGGCAGCUUCGAGCGGUGACGCAAGCUCCCGUCUGGCGGCGCUGAGACUCAAGUACAAACCGCUCGGGCGCCGAGGGGACGCCGCCAUCGCGCCGUCGGCUUCCUGGCCGGGCGUCAGCAGCACAAGCAUCCCGCCGUCAGGUCGUGCUGCGUGUUGUUCGGCAUGGUGUUCUAACCCGGCAGGCGGCAGUGGCGGAAGCACUGGUCCAGGCCCUCCCCAAGAUGGGAUCCCAGCCCCCCAGAAGGUGCUGUUUGCGGCGGAGAGGCUGGUGCUGACCUGGGAGCGGGUGCAACGGGUGGGCGCGGGCCUGCACAACCUGGGCAACACGUGCUUCCUGAACUCCACGCUCCAGUGCCUCGCCUAUACGCCCCCGCUUGCCAACUACCUGAUGUCGCGCGAACACACGCGCGCCUGCACGCAGAGCGGGUUUUGCAUGCUGUGCAUCAUGCAGAAUCACCUGGUGAAGACUUUCUCCAACCCCGGCAGUGCCAUCAAGCCCCUCUCUGUGAUCAAUGACCUCAAGAGAAUCGCGCGACACUUCCGCUUCGGCAGCCAGGAGGACGCCCACGAGUUCCUGCGCUACACCGUGGACGCCAUGCAGAAAGCCUGCCUGAGUGGGCACACCAAGCUGGACAGGCAGAGCCAGGCCACCACACUGGUCCAUCAAAUCUUCGGAGGUUACUUAAGGUCAAGAGUGAAGUGUUCAGUCUGCAAAGGUGUCUCGGACACUUACGACCCGUACCUGGAUAUCGCCCUGGACAUUAAGCAUUCGAGUGACGUGGUCCGAGCCCUCGAACAUUUUGUCCGGCCCGACUUGCUGUCCGGAGACAACGCGUACAUGUGCCACCGCUGCCACAAGAAAGUUCCGGCCUCCAAGAGGUUUUCCAUUCACCGCGCUUCCAGGGUCCUCACCAUCUCCAUGAAACGCUUCGCGAACUUCUCCGGCGGGAAAAUCAGCAAGGACGUGAGCUACCCCGAGCGGCUCAACCUCCGUCCGUUCAUGUCGGUCCCAAACGGCGCUUCCCUCCACUACAGCCUCUACGCCGUGCUGGUGCACUCCGGCUACAGCUGCUACGCCGGGCACUACUACUGCUACAUCAAGGCGAGCAACGGGCAGUGGUACCAAAUGAACGACUCCCACGUGAGCCUGAGCAACAUCAAGGUGGUGCUCAACCAGCAGGCCUAUGUGCUCUUCUACAUCAGGGUCCAGGAUGCCAAGAAGCCUGGGGAUGAUGGCGGGGUUACCCCCCGGGGAAACGAGACCCCCGCGCGUGCCCUGGCGGCCGGGCAGCACGGUGGGGCCGGCGGCAAGGACGCGCGAGCGAGCGGCGCCCCCCCACCGGGCUCGUCGCAGCGACCACCGCUGCUCCACAAGAAUUUCGACUCUGUUAUCGUGGCAAGACCGGACCAGCUUGGAGUUUCCGUGCAACGCGGCCCAAACGCGGGGGCGUCCGCCCCGUCCACCGUGUCCACCGCGCCGUUCGGCCCGGCCCGGUGGCAGCCGAGAGUGACGAAUGCUCCGGCGUUCAUCGACAUUUUCGCGAAGAAGCCCAAAGCGCCGGACGCAGCCGAUACUCCGCGGCUCUCCGUUUCCGCGCCUCCUCCGGCAAAACCCCCAGCUCGGCCUGCCACGGCCAACGCCACCGCCGCUGACGUGCCGCCCAGAGAGAGGACCGCAGCGGCGGUGUCGCCACGCCCCACGCCAUCGGGCCUCGACGGGGCCGCGGAGGGCGGAGGGAGCGCGGGGAAAGCGUCGCGGGAGCCGCUACCCAAAGAGGCGCUGGUGGCCGACAAGCCAAAGCUGAAGACCCACGGCUCCGACGAUAAAAAGUCUCCGGAGCCGAGCGAGAACGGCGCGGGCAAGACGAUCGUCGGUGCCACCGAGCGGCAAGGCGACGGCGAUGGCGGCGUUGGCGCGGGCCGCGUUGGCGGGGCCCUCGCGAGCGCGCAGAGCGAGGACCCAGUCGGGGCGUCCGAGGAGCAAGCUGGCUGCAGUGCCCGACAAAGGGCCCACUCGGACGCGGCGAGCGCAAGUGGUGAAAAGACGACCGCCAUGCAAUUGUCGCUCAGUCCGAUGAAGAAUGCGCACAAGCCCAGGCCUCUGCUCGGAAAGCUCUUCCUCGUGUCGCCGAAGGCCACUCUGCAGGUGGGCCGCCCGGCCUGGCGCGUGAACGGGGCCUCCCUGCCGCUAUCCCCGCCCCUCAUGGUGGCGAUGCCGUCGUUGUUGCCGGUCGGAAAGUGGUCGGUCUCAAGCAGCCCCGUGCGCUCCCCCUCCUCCAGGCCGUCGCCUCUCAGCCCUGGUUGGAACAUCACCCCCGCGUUCCCAUCCUUGUGCCGUUCCCCGCCCGGGAAAAUCAAAUCAGAUGUUCUGUCCAAACCUAACGGAACCGCGCACAGCGGAGGAGGAGGGGUGGCAACUGCCAAGUCAUCGUCGUUACCGCCGCCACUGCUGUCACCUCUCGUGGCGAAUGGAAGCCACGAGGCUCCGGCGCUCGGGAAAGCGAACGGCAAAAUUAAACACAACCAGCAACAGCAGCAGCACAAGCAGGGCGACGGUUUGACCAAGAGGAAUAUCACCCCGGCGGAGACUUCGGCUACAUUGGCCGGGGCGACAGACGUCAGCACUGGCGGUGGUGACAGCGACCGCAGCAGUACCACGGGACCGAGGGAGAAGCCUUGCGGCGCAGGCGGGAGGUUGGAGGGCAUCGGGCAACUUGAGAAGGCGGUGGCGGCUGAGGUGGUGGUGGUGGAGGAGGAGGAGGAGGAGGGCACGACCGAAUCCACCGCCUCGGGCAAACGCAGGAAACGAAAGAAACGGAAGCGAAACCGCGACAGGGAGCGCGACGACGGCCUCCAGCACCGCGGUGAAGAAGGCGGAGACGGAGGAGAGAGCAGCGCUGCGCCACGUACGGAGACCGGGGAGACGGGAGACGACAUGGCCGGUAGAGCGAGAGGGAAGAAGAGGAAGCGCACGCCUGUAGAGUCACGCCAAGACGCCUCCGUUGCUGCUGAUGAGCGCUCGGAGCCGAAGAGCGGGGCGGAGGGGAAGAGACGGCACAAAAAGAAGAGGCAGCGGAAGUCGAAGCGGGAAGCCGAGACUCGGGAAGGAUCCGCCCUGGCCGAGGAAGUCGUGACGACCUCCAACAACGACGACUCCGUGACCGAGCUCCACAACUCGGAGGAGCGUUCUGCCACCGGCGCCGCACCGCGCGACGAGACGAAGAGGCGCAAGAGAGGGCGCCACCAGGAGGAGCUCCUCGGGCCUGACGCCACCGAGCGGACGCAGGCAGACUUCCCGGAGGCGGACGCCGGGCCCCCUAAAAUCAAAAAGAAGAAGCGGCGGCACUCCGAAGAAGCGGGCGGCAACGAGCGUGGGGCCGCCAAGGUGGAGGAGGUGGUGGAAGAGGUGGCCGAUGCAGGCCAGGAGGAGCAGCUGCCGGCACUCAUGAACGGGCAGGCCAGUGCGGCAGAGCGAGCACAUGUGGCGCCGGUGCGGUGGGACAGACACACUCGUGAGCGCCGCGGCCUGGCGGAACCCGAGAGGGCGGUCGCCCCGCGGAGGUCUGACGUGCUUGAGGAGCUCCUCCGCCGAUCGUCGGACCGCGCGUACGGCACCCCAGUGCUCUCGUGGGACGGGCAGCCGUCCCUGGUGAGCCGCGAUGCGCAGCGCGACAUCGCGAUGUGCAGACACGACCGCGUCACGGACGAGUGGGACGAGGAGUUUGACCUGGGCAAGACGAAAAAGGUGAGGAAGAAGUUGCAGCAGUGGAGGCAGUCGCAGGGCAACCUCUUCCAGCAGACGCUCGACUCCAGGGGCCGAGGAGGCCACGCCGAGAGGUUUUGAGGCUGGCACGGACGGAGACCUCGUGGCACAGAAAAGCGUCUCCCUCUCUCCGAGACAACACGGAUAGAGACGUAAACAUAUCCCGUGGAGCCCAGACAGGCUGUUGGGGGCGCAAGUGCUGUUGGCGAGUACCUAUUAAGGACGGCACAGCGCGUGAGAAGGGGGUGGUGUUGCUGGAACCGCACCCGGCCGCCUUUGUCUCCCCAGUGUUUAAUCUAGCGGAGGCCCAGGACCAGUUCGGGUGUUAUCCGUGGCCGGAAAUCAAACUUGGGCUGUCGCUGCGGUGCCGCCCCUCCAUAGACGCGCAUGCACGCGGGCGGAGAGGCAGGCAAUUCGGCGUCAUCCCAGGCUACCCAGCGCGUGCCACCUUUGCCAGCUCUAAUCUGUGACGCCGCCUCGAGCGUGGUCAACGCGGACACGCACCGUCGGCGCCACCCCGCUGCGAGUCUGGACAAAGCCGCGUUGCGGGGGGCCGGAAAAGAAACCUUCGCCCAUCUUGAGCCGACGAAAAAACCGCACGCGCCGUCGAUGGCUGCGUCGUGGCGUCCUCAACCGGGCGGUCGAAUCGCAUCACCUUUGCCGAGUUCUGCUGCCUUUUGUUGGUGGAGGAAGGAAGGAAGGAAGGGAGAGGCAUCGUAGGCACCGUUUCUGCCAAAAAUGCGACGCACCGAAGAAGAAAAAAAAGGGGGGGGAGGAGGAGGGCGACGUUUUGAGAUUGACACGUUCGCUCGCACAAGGGCCUCGCGACGGGGCUUCGUGGUGGGGGCUUCGUGGUGGGGGCCUCGCGACGCGGUUUGAGUGCCCACCAUCCCCCCCCCCCACCUCUCCCACCGCUGCACGCCGAUUGCUUUCAUCCAUGGCAGCCGUUAAGUGGCAAAUCGGCCUAUAACGAGUUGCCAAAUCUGCGGAGGCUGAUGGGGGAGGGGGGUGGUGCGGGGAAACUCGGCUGAGAUUUUCUUUAUUAAUAAGUGCGCUCCGCAUUUUUUUAUUUUCAUACAAUUUAUUUAGGUAUUAUUUAGUCUAUAAGAACAAAGAAAGAAAAAAAAAACAUGUAGCAGGAUGCCUGUGAAAUCCUCUAUACUUGAAAAAUAUAAGCUCGUGUAUUAAUAUAAGACGUGUUGCGGAGAAUUUCGGAGGGAAAUUAACCGCCGAUUUUAAAAUGUGCAUUUUCACACUGGUUGCGGAGAGACGGCAGCAGGUUUGGUGGUUUUAGAUCUGAAAACUCGUGGAAUGACCACUCGGUGCUUUAUUGGGACAGCUGUCAUAAGGGGGGGGGUGUGUCGUCGUCCCCCCAGGCUUAACAAGAAUGACAGCUGAGCAUUGGAAUUAUUGAAAUGUGAUGUCAUGAGACCCUUUGAAAUGUUGGGGGGCAUAUACACGGACCCAGUCGUGCGCAUCCUUAUGCCUAAUCGUUGAUAUUAAUUUUAACGAUAUGGGGUUACAGUUCAAUCCGGUAAAGUCGGUUAUUUUUAUUCUUAUCAGUUAUUUUUAUCUCGUUUAUACGGUCUCAUUAGUAUUGCCCGUCUCGUGUGUUCUGUCCAGAUCUGCCUCAUUAGUUCCGUUCACAUAAGUGUCACAUUUCCAUACAAUAAUUCAGCGCAUGAUUUUCUGAAAUAUUAGAUUCUUGCUUGCACAAUACGAUGGAUGUUCGAUACGUAUCCAUUGCACAAUGUGAUGGAUACGAUGAGAGGUGAGUGCCCUUUUUAUUUGAUUCACGGAAUAAUCAUUGCCACACUUGGCAGCAUGUUGACAAGUUUUGGGAUUGGGAGCCUACACCCCAUGGUCCAGAUACGGGCCCACAGCUUUACUUCAACAGUCCGUGACCUCUCUUCACACGGCCCCCAUGACUCUGCUUCACACGGCCCGUGACUCCGCUUCACACGGGCCGCGAUUUCUUCACAUCUUGGGCCGCACUAAUCGGAUAUACUGGAGGGGGGGAAUGUUUCCAACACCGCGUGUCUAUUAAAUACGAGCCCUCGUUAUCUUUUGCUUUAGUAAUCCGGGCGUUCACAAAAUAGGUUCAGACAAUGCCUUCCAUAUAUCUCGUGCUCUCCACAUUAACACGGUGCAAGCAUUCUUUCGCGCAAACUCAUCUGCCCACCACAGCCUUCCGGAAGGCCGACGGGCCGCGUAAAGAUUUUUAUUUUUGUUACACGCCGACGGAUGAGCAAAGGAGCCAUUGUCUGCUUAUCAUUUAUAUUAUUUACAGGCGCGACGUCCCGGUGGUUAUUCCGAGUCGAGGUGUGUGGCUGGUUGCCUGCCCCCUCCCAUGGAUGGUCCUGUUUGGCCGAUUCCUCUGCAAGCGUCUGGUUUCCCCACUUGCCGUCUGCAGCGGCGGCUGUCUGUGCCGUGCCACCUCGGUGUCUCGUGCGGGGAGGCCGGCCGUAGGAGAUCGAUCCAUCUGCUAACCAACGUCCUGUGUCGCACAGGGUGCCCAGUUGGCACCUCUAUUACUCCAAAGCACUGCGGUGUACCGUCCAUCGCUUUUCAAGGACUCGAGCAUUGGGACCGUGUUGAUUGCUGGUAUGUAAAAAAAAAAAAUCUGUAUGCAAUAUGGUUGUUUAAGCAGCUGUUAACUAUGCAAAAUAUAUAUACACGUGCCAUAGUUAAUACGAUUUUCUGUACCAAGUGCACGUGAAACCGUGUUCACAUUUCAAUGCAGGUGUUUGGGUUGUGCUUGCGGUUAAACCUUGUGUUCUUGAAAUAAACCUUACAGCUGACCCCA